AUGGAUGACAGCCGGUCCUCCAUUGCCACCAUUGACCCUGAUGAGCAUAAUCCAGUUCUUAAGCUCGAUUUUAGCGGCUUGCCUUCUGUCUAUGUGCUUGCAGCACAUCUUUCCAUCAAGGAGCAACACGAAGCUGAAGAUGCCCUGAGUCAUGGUGGUGCAUCUCUGACAUAUGAUAUCAAAGAAGCAAACAUCGUCCUUGGAAACAUCUCCAAAGCGAGACGUGCCAAAUCUGAGCUGCAAUGGAAAGGGGUUCGUGUAGAAGACACAGAGGACACACCAAGCGCAGAAAAACCUACCUCUCCCCGAGGCCCAGAAGGUAGAGCUCCGGCAAAGAAACGGAGAAAAGUUGGGGAUAGGAGUGAUGAAUUCUCACAGCGAAAGGUGGACCUAGUCAUCGACGACUCAUCCACGUCUUCCGAAACAACGGACGAAGCAGAUGCGAGCACCAAGCCAAUGUCACAGCUCUCUCUAUCUCGAGUGUCCACAUCAUCCGAUGCGUCCUCACCGAACUCUAUGGCGGCAAAAGAUAUCCCUCCACCACCGAUUUUCCUAGGGUCUUUUACCGACAAAGUGAAAGUUAUCAAACUUGAUUGGCUCAAUGAAUCACUCAGCGCUGGGAAAGUACUUCCGUUGGAAUCCUACACGAUAUACACUGGAACACUUAUUACCCCUGAAGAGCCUGCAAUGAAUCGCCCAGCCACUAUGAAAGCCAAUGGAUUGAAACCCUUUACAGGCAACAAGAGUAAUUACAUCAGGAAAGGAGAUCCGAGUGGAAUCAUCGAGCGCGCGAAUGCCGACCCCAAACCAUCAAUCAACCGGUACAUAAAGCGGGAUCGCAUCGAAGCCGCCGCGAACAAAGACUUUGUCGGCAAGAGCUUUUCGUCUUCAACUCAGGCUGCCAGCCAACAACCCAGGCAGCAUAUCACACGACCUACUCGCCUUCUGCAUCAAACAACCUCGGAGCACGAUGAAGCAGCCAGCAGCGCCCUCCCACGGAUGCCAGAUUGGGUUCGAGAGAAGAAAAUCUAUGCCUGUGAGCGAGCUACGCCGCUGAUAUCCCCCAACCAGGCGUUCAUUUGCUUGUUAAAAGAGAUCAAGCUAGCUCGUCUAUUGACGCUGGAUGAAAUUGGCGUUCGAGCUUACAGCAGCAGCAUUGCGUCCCUUGCGGCAUACCCUUAUCCAAUUCAGAGCACUCGAGAAAUCCUUGCACUACCUAGCUGCGACCAGAAGAUUGCCCACCUCUUCCACGAAUACCAAGCCAGCAAUGGCAAACUCCAAGCAGUUGCCGACCUAGAAGCCGACCCCGCCCUCAAAGUCCUCCGCGAGUUCUACGAGAUCUGGGGUGUGGGCGCCAAAACAGCCCGAGAGUUCUACUACGACAAAGGCUGGCGAGACCUCAACGACGUCAUAGAAUACGGGUGGAAAUCGCUGUCUCGUGUCCAGCAGAUUGGUCUUAAAUACUAUGACGAAUUGAUGCUCAAAAUCUCUCGCGCUGAGGUAGAAUCAAUUGCAGAAACCAUCACCAGACACGCCUGCCUGGUCACCGACAAAGACAUUGUUUCCAUAAUUGUUGGUGGGUAUCGACGCGGCAAGUCCGAAUGCGGAGACGUGGACCUAAUCCUCUCUCACCAGAACGAAGCAAUGACCUACAACCUCGUUGACAAAGUGGUUAAGUCUCUAGAAAAAGAGGGUUGGAUCACUCACACCCUGACUUUGAAUCUCACAAACACCAAACGCAAUCAAGAACCUCUACCCAUUAGCAGCGCCUCCCUUGGUGGCCACGGCUUUGACACCCUGGACAAAGCUCUAUUGGUAUGGCAGAAUCCCAACUGGCCCACCAGAACCGCCGAUCUGAAAGCCAACCCGAAAGCCAAGAAUCCCAAUCCGCACCGCCGGGUUGAUAUUAUCAUCAGUCCGUGGCGUACUGUAGGCUGCGGAGUAGCGGGAUGGACGUCUGGGACGACGUUCCAGAGGGAUUUGAGACGGUACGCGAAACAUGUGAAGGGCUGGAAGUUCGACAGUAGUGGCGUACGCCAAAGAGGUACGGGGAAAUGGGUAGACUUGGAGGGAUGGGGAGAUAGGACGACCAGGUGUCGGGACUGGAAGGAAGCAGAGAGAAGGGUUUUCGAGGGGAUGGGAUUGGCCUACCAAGAACCUUGGGAUAGCUAG